AUGCCUGGACAAACACACUCCCAGAUUAUAAAGUAUAUUACAGACCUCAGGAUUCUCCUUCUUCUCUUUGAAAAAGCCAACCAACAGGUUUCUGCUCUAGAGUCCUACAUCCAGCGUUUGAGCCAGAGGACCUUCAGAUCCACACUACACGAUUCCCAAGCCAUCCACAACCUCACCAAGAAGUCUGUUGCCAAUGGCAUCAAGAGAGUCUACAAGCAAAUCUCUGACCAAAAAUGGAAGAAAAUCACAGAGUUGUCUGCCCUUGUCACCCAGCAGCUGGACUUGGAACAACUACCAGAACCACCCACUGCCAGUGAUAGAAGAUCAAUACAGAUGGACAAGAUGGCUUCCAUCACCACCAAGAGUUUCUGUGAGCUCUAUAGGAGUGCUUGAAGAGCUAGCGUAAUGAUUCAAUGUGCCCCAAUGUGUUGUGUAAUGUCAUACAUACACAUUUCAGUGAUAUAUGUUUGAAGAAGAAUGUUUCAAUUUAAAGGACACAAGAAAUUGUAAUGCUUUUCUAUGGAAAAAGUACCUGUAGUAUAUGUGCUAAAUAGU